AUGUCAAGUACAACAUCUACAACCACAACUACUAGUGGUACUACUAGUAAUAAUAGUGAUUUAGAUCAAUCAGCAGAGAGAACUAAAAAGAGAGAUCCCGGUAGAAUUACCAAGGUCAUCAAGUGUGGUGUAGUAGGUGAUGGUACCGUUGGUAAGACCACACUGCUUCUCUCAUAUAUCACCCAGGCAUUCAUCACUGAGUACACUCCAACCGUAUUCGAUAACUUCUCUGCCAUUGAACAGGUUGAAGAUGGUAAACUUGUCAAUGAUACAGCAGGUCAAGAUGAUUAUGCACAAAUCAGAACUACAUGUUAUACCAAUUGUAAAUAUGAUGUAUUCUUAUUGUGUUAUUCAGUUGUAAAUCGUGAUUCAUUUGAUAAUGUUAGAUAUAAGUGGUUACCAGAGUUGAAAGCAAAUUCACCGGGUACUCCAUUCAUUUUGGUCGGUACAAAGACUGAUAUGCGUGACACUGCCUCACCACCUCUCAGCGGACAGAAUCAAACGAUCAGUUUCAAAGAGGGUCAAAAGAAGGCAAAGGAUAUUAAAGCUAAUAAUUUUAUGGAGUGUACAUCGAAAGAUCCAUCCAGUGUAGCCAAGGUGGUAUUGGAGGCAAUCAAUAUCGUGGUGGAGCGCGACAGACUAAAGAGAAUCAACAACGAAAAGAUAUGGAAGAAAGAAGUCAAGAAGGAGGAGAAAGAAGCAAAGGCCGAACAAAAGACUAAAGAAAAGAUUGAGAAACAACAGGCAAAGACUAAAUCAACUGAUGGCAGCAGCACAACUACCACCACAACCACAACUACAUCCACCUCAUCCACCAACUCAUCCAACAAGUCACCUGAAGGCUCACCAAAACAAACAAGAGAAUAA